AAAUUCAUCCCAUGAUGAUUUUGAUAUAAAUACUCCUUCAAAAAAAUCAUAAAAAGCAAACAAAGGCGUGACGGGUGCUAACAAAUCUGAAAGCUGGCAGGGCAACAGACUUACUUUGAAACAUCCAAUUGUCCCCCUAAUCCCUCACCAACUAGCACUUCCAUUUCCCCCUUCAUCCCCACCCAGAUUUCCCCAAUUUUCUUCUCCCCCAAACCCUUAUUCUCCUUCACAAACACUUGAUGCCUUUCUGGAGUUGUUGAAUUGCAAAAACAUAUAAAUGGCGAUAAUUGGAGACGCACUCCGGCAAGCAUUUAUGCCGAAGCACGAAUACGAGUGUCUCCGUGAGGAAGACAAGGCAUGGAAUCGUCUUCAAAGACCAUUUGUGAUCUGUACUUUAACCCUAAUAUCACUUGCUAUUGUUGUCUCUACAAUUAUCAGCUUGAAAAUAGUUUUCCCUCUUGAUCCUGCUCGCCGGCCUUUCUGUAAUGACUAUCGUAUUCAGCCGCUUUCUAUUAAUUUCACUAAUAUAGCUUCUACUGGUGGUGCUGGUGCUACUGCUGCUGCUGGUAGUGGUACUGCGGGUGAUUCGGAUGGUUUUCCUGGUACGUUUUAUCUGACGAAUCAGGAGACCGUGGAUUAUUAUUGGAUGGUUGUGUUCGUUCCAUCGGCGUUCAUUUUCGUGGCCUCGGCAGUGUAUUUGAUUGCAGGUAUUUUGGUCGCGUACGGUGCCCCGAUGAGACAUAGAUGCUUGAAUGUUGUUGAGAACAACUAUUGUGCUUCCAGACGAGGUGGAGUGCGCUGUCUAUCAAUUCUCAAUGUUGCUUUUGCUAUCGUGUUUGGUCUGCUUGCUCUGUUUCUUGGUUCAACCCUUCUCACGUUAGGGAGCAGCUGCUCAGCGCCCUUGUUCUGGUGUUAUGAGAUUGCUUCAUGGGGGCUAGUUAUUCUAUAUGGAGGCACUGCUGUCUUUCUAAGAAGAAAAGCUGCUGUAAUUCUUGAUGAAACUGAGUUCAAUGGGCGCAAUCUUGGUGUAGAAAUGCUUGAAGCAAAUCCAAUGGAGGUUACACCAGAUGUAGAGAGACGCGUGAAUGAAAGUUUCAAGGCAUGGAUGGGUCCUUCUUUCUUGUCCUCGGACGAGGAGGAUGAAUCUGACAACUACCAGGAAGCGCCAUCUUUAUCUCGUGCCAACUCUAGCCGGCAAAGACAAUAAUAUGAAGAUUCCUCCAGGUUAUCCACUUCCACCCCUCCUGUUGGAUGCCUCGAGCACUGAUUGAAAUAUUGUGGUGAGCCUGUUUUGCGCAAAGUUCUAACUUGUGAUAUCUGAUCCAAUCACUUGUGUAGCAAAACUUUUUAACUGAACAUGAGUGCUACAUCAUCGGUUCAUUUUGGUAGAGUUUCAGGUUUUGUAUAGUUAGCAUGAGGGAACAUUGAUUUUCUUGGUGGUGGAAGGCUGGUUGUUGGAAGGAGAAGCUUGUAGGAACCUCUCAGUGAUUGAUUUGGAGUACACUAAUCAAUGCCACCGUUCAUAGUGUUCCUAUGAAUCGUAUAGUUGCCUUAGUUGUCGACACUGAA